AUGAGAUCAUCAACAUCUUCUUCUAUAAAUAGUAGUUGUAUGAGUAAUAAUAGUAGUAAUAUAUCUAAUAUUAGUAAUACUACUAGUAACUUUGGAUGUAAAUCACAUAUGAAUCAAAUACCUAAUAGUCCAAGAAUUACAAUGAUAUCCUAUCAAGUACAUAAACCUGUUAAAAGAAUUGAUUUUCAAUCAUCUUCACUCAAACCAUCAUUAGGUGUUAAAAGAUAUAAAAGGAGAAUAUCAUUUUCAAUUCCAUUUGGUACUGAUUUAAAUGUUUCAUCCAAUUCUAAUAAUAAUAAUAUUCAUAAUAAUAAUAAGAAAUAUCAACAUCCAAAUUUUAAUUCCUCAAACAUUCAAUCAAUACUUAAUUAUACUACUGCUUUAAAUAAUGCUUCGAAUAAGGAUUCAAGAUAG